CCCGGCGCGCCGGCCUCCGCCCCCCACCAUGCCCGAGAGUCCUACGCCCCCUCCUACCGCAAGCUGCCCGCGCCCGGCUCGCUGGACCACCUGGACCUGCUGUCCCAGUCCAGCGCGGUGAGCAACGAGCUGAAAAUCGUGCGCACCAACGAGAAGGAGCAACUGCAGGGGCUGAACGACCGCUUCGUGACCUACAUCGAGAAGGUGCAUCAGCUGGAGCAGCACAACAGGCAGCUGGACUCCUACCGCAAGCUGCCCGCGCCCGGCUCGCUGGACCACCUGGACCUGCUGUCCCAGUCCAGCGCGGUGAGCAACGAGCUGAAAAUCGUGCGCACCAACGAGAAGGAGCAACUGCAGGGGCUGAACGACCGCUUCGUGACCUACAUCGAGAAGCUACAAGCCUCGCUGCAGGAUGCGCAGGUCUCGGUGGAGCUGGACAUGAGCAAGCCUGACCUCACAGCCGCCUUGAAGGAGAUCCGCAUGCAGUACGAGGUCCUCUCUGCCCGCAACCAGCAGUCGGCCGAGGAGUGGUACAAAUCCAAGUUUGCCAACUUCACCGAGGAGGCGGCGCGCAGCAACGACAGCAUCCGCCAGGCCAAGGAGGAGAUCACAGAGUACCGGCGCCAGCUGCAGGCCCGCAACAUCGAGAUCGAGGCGCUGAGGAGUGCCAACGAGUCGCUGGAGAGGCAGCUGCAGGAAGCAGAAGAGAGGAGCAGCGGGGAGAUCCAGAACCUGCAGGAGACCAUCAACCAGCUUGAAAAUGCUCUUAGGACAACCAAGGGAGAGAUGGCUCGUCACCUCCGAGAGUAUCAAGACCUGCUGAAUGUGAAGAUGGCCCUGGAUAUUGAAAUAGCUGCAUACAGGUAA